GAGAAAAUUUGAAAAGUAAAGAAAAGAAGGAAUGAAGAAAAUUCAAUCAGAUCGAAUACAAUUUUGACGUCCGCAAGGACCGAACAGACACAUAUCACAUUCCCCUUCUCUCUUUCUCUCUCUUGUUUCUUUCUCACUCUACCGCUUUCUCUCUAGAAAUUACAUACCAGCGAAGAACGGGCCACGCUUGAACAUUCAAGAAACAAAAACCCACAACGCAUUAAGAUUACUCUUUCUUUUAUUCUCCGAUUAAGGGAAGCUAAGUAGAGAUGACAGCUUUUCUGUAAGUGAUUCUGUUUUGAAGAAGAAUAGCGAGGUGGAAGUAAAAAGGGAGCUAAUAGUUGUGAUUUUAGUUGUUGUUGUGCUAUGUUGUCUUGGAGAUUCUUGAAGACUAUUAUAUAUUUGUUACUGUUCAUUUUCAACUUUUGAGAUUCAUGCCAAAGCCUUUCAAGUAUUGCUCGCCUAGCGGAGAUAGUACAACUCUAGAAUGUUCAGAAUCAAAGCUUUUUCCUUGGUUUUGGUUCUUUUUAUUUUGUGGCUUGUCUGUGGUAAAACUCAACACCAUAUGCUUAGGCACAGAACAUACCCUUAUCUUAGGGUGCACAUCGGAGACUUGGAAGCCUAUCAUCUUGGAUGCUUGGGUAUAGUUGUAGCUUUCACUGAGUGCUUAUAGAUUCUUGUUAUUCUCAAAGAAUGGUACCACCAGGCCAGGCUCCAAUUGGCGGUGCCCAGUCUGUUUCACCUUCUCUUUUGCGUUCAAACUCAGGAAUGCUGGGAGGUCAGGGUGGUCCUUUGCCUUCCCAAGCAGCAUUCCCAUCGCUAAUGUCGCCACGGACACAGUACAAUAACAUGAAUAUGCUUGGAAGUGUUCCCAAUGUGACUUCACUACUAAAUCAGUCAUUUGGUAAUGGUGGUCCAAAUCCAGGGCUUUCUGGCCCUGGGGAUAAUCAGCAUGGCAGUAUGGAUAGUGGGGCUGAGUCUGAUCCACUUUCAGGUGUUGGUAAUGGAAUGGGGUUUAAUGCUCCAUCAUCAUUUGUACCAUCGAACUUGGUGAGUCCUGGUUCAUCUGGUCAAAUUCAGGGUCAGCAAUUCUCAAACCCUUCUGGUAAUCAGUUACCUGAUCAACAGCAGUCACAGCAGCUUGAACCUCAAAAUUUUCAGCAUGGUCAGCAACCGAUGCAGCAAUUUUCUGCUGCUCACAACACACAACAGGUGCCACAGCAACAACAGUAUCAAUCGAUUCGGGGAUUAGCUGGUGUUGGACCAGUUAAGUUGGAGCCACAGGUGGGUCACGAUCAACAUGGAACACAACAGCAGCAGCAACAGUUGCAACCAUUGAGGAACCUUGGUACAGUGAAAUUGGAACCACAACAGAUUCCGACAAUGAGAAAUCUGGCACCGGUAAAAAUGGAGCCUCAACAUUCAGAUCAGUCACUGUUUUUGCAUCAUCAACAACAACAGCAACAGCAGCAGCAGCAACAACAACAGCAACAGCAAUUCCUUCACAUGUCCAGGCAGUCUUCUCAGCAGGCUGUUGCCCAAAUUAACCUUUUACAGCAACAAAGAUUCUUGCAACUGCAACAUCACCAGCAACAACUCUUGAAGGCAAUGCCUCAACAACGUUCCCAAUUGCCACAGCCAUUUUUUCAACAGCAGAAUUUGUCUAUGAGAUCUCCUGUGAAACCUGUAUAUGAACCAGGGAUGUGUGCCCGCCGUUUGACACUUUAUAUGUAUCAACAACAACAUAGACCUGAUGACAACAACAUUGAUUUUUGGAGAAAAUUUGUUGCUGAGUACUUUGCUCCUAACGCCAAGAAGAAGUGGUGUGUGUCCAUGUAUGGAAGUGGCCGGCAAACAACUGGAGUUUUUCCUCAGGAUGUAUGGCAUUGUGAGAUAUGUAAUCGCAAACCAGGCCGUGGUUUCGAAGCAACUGUUGAGGUUCUUCCUAGGCUCUUUAAAAUCAAAUAUGAAAGUGGUACUUUGGAAGAGCUUCUUUAUGUUGAUAUGCCCCGUGAAUAUCAUAAUUCAUCUGGUCAAAUUGUCCUGGACUAUGCAAAAGCAAUACAGGAAAGUGUUUUCGAGCAACUUCGUGUUGUUCGUGAUGGUCAACUUCGGAUAGUUUUUUCUCCAGAUCUGAAGAUAUGUUCUUGGGAGUUUUGUGCUCGGCGUCAUGAAGAGCUUAUCCCACGAAGAUUGCUGAUACCACAGGUUACUCAGCUUGGUUCGGCAGCUCAAAAAUACCAGGCUGCUACUCAAAAUGCAUCAUCUAGUUUAUCUGUCCCUGAAUUACAAAAUAAUUGUACUAUGUUUGUUGCAUCGGCUCGGCAAUUGGCAAAAGCAUUGGAAGUGCCAUUGGUUAAUGAUUUAGGGUAUACAAAGAGAUAUGUUCGAUGUCUUCAGAUAUCAGAAGUGGUUAAUAGUAUGAAAGAUUUGAUUGACUACAGUCGAAAGACAGGGAUUGGACCUAUGGAGAGCUUGGCUAAGUUCCCCCGACGAACAAGCGCUUCUUCUGGGUUUCACAGUCAAACACAACAGCCUGAGGAUCAGUUACAGCAACAGCAAUCAGUGGCCCCAAACUCAAAUGGCGAUCAGAGCUCUGUCCAGGCCAAUGCAAUGCAAAUUGCUGCUAGCAAUGGUGUGGCUAGUGUAAAUAACUCAAUCAACCCUGCAUCUGCAUCCAACUCGGCCAGCACAAUUGUUGGACUUCUUCACCAAAAGUCAAUGAACUCUAGACAGCAGAGUACUAUGAAUAAUGCAACCAGUCCUUAUGGUGGAGUUUCAGUACAGAUUUCAUCGCCUGGAUCUUCUAAUACUAUUAUCGCUCAGGCACAAAACCCUUCACCAUUUCAAUCACCAACACCCUCAUCUAACAAUCCUCCGCAAACAUCUCACAGUGCCUUAACAGCUGCCAAUCACAUGAGUUCUACAAGUUCACCAGCCAAUAUCCCACAACCAGCUCUUUCUACUGAGACUGACCCAAGUGACUCUCAAAGUGCUGUUCAGAAAAUCAUACAGGAAAUGAUAAUGUCCAGCCAACUUAAUGGUGGUGGCGGCGUGGUAGGUGUUGGUUCAAUGGGAAAUGAUGUUAAAAAUGUUAAUGGGAUCUUACCAACCGGUAACAAUACAGUUCUCAACACUGGUAAUGGCUUGGUGGGAAAUGGGACGGUCAACAAUAAUUCAGGUAUUGGGAGUGCCGGAUUUGGCAACAUGAGUGGCGGACUUGGCCAGUCUGCAAUGGUUAAUGGAAUAAGAAAUGCAAUGGGUAAUAACUCCAUGAUGAACGGAAGGGUAGGCAUGACAACAAUUCCUCCUCGAGAUCAAAGCAUGAAUCAUCAACAGCAGGAUUUGGGGAACCAGCUACUUAAUGGUCUUGGAGCUGUUAAUGGUUUUAAUAAUCUUCAAUUUGAUUGGAAACCAUCCCCAUAAGAGGAUCUACUGGACAAAUGAUGUUUCUGGAUUGUUGCUUAUGGCUCCGCAUAUGCAGCAGCAUCUCGGCAUGAGAAAGAGAAUCAGAAUUGGCAAAUUUGCUUGCCUGGUGGCCCUCUGCAGAUCACAACAUUGGUACAUGACAUAUAGUGAAGGGCAACCAUUCCCUCCCGCUUUGUACUAAUUCGAAAAGUAAAACAUAUAGCAUAGUGUUUUAUCAAUGAAAUGUUCCUGAGUGGCAUCAUUUCUUCUAAUUAUUUUUCCAGAUUUAUGAUUCAAUAUAGUACAUAAUUCCACUAACAAUCUUUGGGAUGGGAAUUCGAGAAAGAGGGUCAACUGUUAUUCUAGUAAUGGUUGAGGUUGUGCUUUUCUUGUUCAAUUUAUCCCGUCUUGGUCGUUUGUAAACUAGGGAGUGUAUUUUCUGGCUUUGUCUGGUAGCUUUAUCAGUGUACUACUACUUCCUCAUCUCUUCUUUAGAGCUAUUAUUUUAAAGAUUUCUUCCA